AUGGCGAUCAAUAGUUUCGAACUACAGACUCUUAUGAAUAACAUUGAUUACAUAAAGGACAAACUGCAAGGGCUGGAGCAAACUAUGAAGAGCUCGCUGAAGGAAACAGAGCAUCGUCUACAGGAGAAGCUAAACAAACUCGAAAAUAUUAUUAACGAAAAGAUCGAGGCCAAAAUGCAAGCAAUGGAAGACUCUUUGAAAAAGAGUGUGCAGGCAUCCGAAGAGAAUACAGGAACCAAAUUGGAGGAAGUGAAGAAUCAUAUGAUGCCCAAGAUGGACCGCAUUCAGAAAGCGUCGCAAAUGGAGCUCAAAAAACUGAGAGAAAAUAAGGAAAUUCUUGAUAUGCUAACGAAUUCGAUACAUAAUUUAACUACCAAUGCAGAAACACGCAGUAAGACAUUGGAAGACCACUUAAUAGCCCCUAUCCGUUCAUGUCGUCAAGUUACUGGAGAAUCUGGAACUCAUCUGUUCCGUUUGUGGAAAAACUCGAAACCAUUUGAAGUAUUUUGUGAGCAAAAUAAGUUCAACGGCAGCUGGAUUGUGAUCCAGCAUAGAUUUGACGGUUCAGUCGAUUUUUAUCGGAACUGGACGGAGUGCCGCAAUGGGUUCGGGAAUGUUGAUGGCGAAUUCUGGCUCGGGCUGGAAUAUGUGCAUCAAAUAACUAAAAACCGACCGCAUGAACUACUGGUGGAAAUGAAAGAUUUCGAUGGAAACUACGGAUACGCUAAGUACGGAGAAUUUGAGGUCGGGAGCGAAUCCGAGCAGUUCAAGUUGACGAAGACUGACGAGUCCGGCAACGGCAUCGGCGAUGACUAUUAG